AGCCCGACUGCCGACCGAGGGCCCAGGGCAUUGUGGGAGUCAUGAUUCCAAGAGGCCCGCGAUUUAAAAUUGAACUUGUCAGUUCCCGGUCACGGGAGCAUUGUGAGCGCCACAACUCAUUCAGCUGCAGUGAAAAGACUGUUGCAUGUCGCUGUGCAGCCUCUUAUCGCCGAGGUCUGGUUUCCGCUGCUGCUGCGCGGCCCCUCCCCCGCCAGCCCAGCCCCACCAGGAAGCCCGGGGCGGACUCGUCGAGCUCCCGGACGCACGCGGCGGCGAAAAAACGCUCUCCAACUUUCGGCCGCCCUCCCGCCCUCGCCCGGGCGGCACUGGCGCCCCUCAACCGAACAAAGUCCGCAAGGGGUGGUCGUUGCCGCUCGCGGGUCGGCCCCGGGAGCACAAGGAAGCCGGAGCCGGCGCUGGCGAGGUGCAUCCCCGCAGCCAACCGGUGGUAUCUUCCAUCUUACACGUUCAACAUUAUAACAGCCGAGCUAUAGUGCGAAUGGGACGCACCCCUACUACUUUCCGCUCCUUCGGACCAGCCGGGCGGACACAUAGGUCCUUUUUUUUUUAAAGAGGCCGGCGGAUGGGGCUUUUUGUAAGGAAGCCGGCAAGGUUAGGUUGAAGGUGAGAAUCAGAUCGGCAGAAAACGGUAAGGAUCUGAUGGGGCUGCCGCCUUAAAAUGCACCACACCGUUUUUGAACCUGGAUGGCUCACAGGCGGGAAAAACAUCUGCAAGACUGCCAGUGUGUCUCUUCCUCAAGUAACAGGGUGUCCACAGUUUUGCAGUUCCUUAGUAAAACUGAUUGUCACACAAGCACAAACACUCCCACUGCAGCUUCCAGUCUAGCUUGUAAAUAAUACUUGGAAUGUAAAAUCCCCUUUCUUCCCAACUCUGUAUUACACGAUUUAUAGGAGGCAGAGACCCUUCUCUGAAAAUAAAAUACCAUUUUCUGAAAUACUGGAAUAUUCCAAGGCAACUAGGUCAUAUUAUUGUUGGAGCAAAACACACCACAGCCCCAAAUCAUAAUUCAUUGGGUGUUAUAAGAUGCAACUUGGCUUCACUUUGAAUGGAAAGAAUUCUAGACUAACGUGAUGUGAUAAUGUUUUGGAGAUUUGGGGGCAGAAUUUCCUUUGAAUUUAAGGAAUUUUGAUAACUUGUUCAAUAAUGAUUCUAAUUUAAAACAUUGGUUCUAUGUUUUGGACACAAUUUGUAAUGAAAUGGUGGAUAUGGUGCCAUGUUCCUCCUACAACUUUGUUGUGUUAAAGAGGGUGGGGCUGGCUUAAGGAGGAAAAGGGAAAACAUCGUGAAAGGUGCUAAAGUUCAGGAGUAAGAGUCAUUAAUAACAGACUUGAGUUCUGACCCUUGGCUAGAUCCACAAAACAGUUAAUAUUGUGCACUGCUCCCUUCCAUAACAAAUAAAUUAAUUAAUGGCCCUACUUCUCAGUGUUAAUCAUUGAAAAGUACCCAAGUGCACACACAGUGGAAGCAAACUAAAAAGGACACUGACACUUUCUCAGAGAACAGGAAUGGGCGUUCUCUAUCUGCCAAUUAGUAGCUAUGAGGAAUUCCUUUUUCUUAAUUCAGCAUUCAUUUCAACAACUACAUCGAAUGCCUGCUCUGCCAGGGAUACAAGAAUGGGUAACACAGCCCCUACCCUAGAGGAUAAUAUCCUGGGAGGGAAAAGACAAAUAAACCAAUUAACUCUGCCUCAGGGAUAAAUGCUAAAAUGGUGCUGGCAAGCCAAAGGGGGCCUGAGGAGAGUUAGGGAAAGCUUCCUGGAGGAGUUAUUUUCAACAGGUGCCUUGAAAAGUGUAUAGCAAUUAACAAGAUGGAAAGGGAGUUGAGUCUGGUCAAGUGGGAGAAAAGAGCAUGGCAAAUACAACAGACCAGCCAACUUUCCUGUUAGAAGUGAGGGAAGGAUAAGUAUAGGGGAGUGGCAGGAGAUGAGCUAAAAGUAGAUCUGUUUUAAUCCAAGGAGCCUCAGCUUUAGUCUGAAAACCAUGAUGAACUGGAAGAGUUUACACAGCAAGGGAAUAGGUAGAGUUUGGACUUGUAUUUCAGAAAGAUCCUGUGGCAGCAGCUUGAGGGUGAAUGGGAGUGUGGGCUGGUGGCCCAUAGAAGAAGGGUGAAUGGGUGUGGACAGACUGGAAAAAUGACUCAUGCAGGGAAUGAGGAAGGGAGGAACCUUGGGAAGCUCCCAAAUCCCUGGCUUAGCCUACUGGAUUGUUUGCUACUUGCCUUUUAAUGUCUUCAAUUUGCCUUUCAUUCUCCAUGACAACGGACCCUGACUUCUGAGCUGGGCCACCUCUGCGUCUGCUAGCAGGUUGGCGCCCUAGCCGGCUUCCACGCACCUCUCAGAAUGUCCAAUGAACCGCUAAGGCCUAAUCCCCGUUGUAGGAAUUUAUUUUCAAUUGUUCUCAGACCCUUGUAGACUUCCAAGUUAGAACUUUGGUGUUCUUUUUUCUUGUGGGUUAGAAAGUUUGCUGUUUGGUGCAACGUGGCGGAAAGCAGGACUUUGAACCUGGGUAUGGUGCAAGAGGGGAAAUUAUUUUUCCACUUCAGCACUGGAGGAGGGGGGAAGUUCUGGGAACAAAAGAGAAAUUGAAACUGAGACAGAUUUUCUGCUCCACCGAACAGAUGACAAAGAAAUACAAGAAAGACCCUUGAAUGUUGGAAACAGUAAAAUAAACAUCCUCGUAAAUGACAAAGAAGAGGAAAAAAAUGUUAUUUUACAUUAGAUAAAAGAAAAAGGGAUGGUUAAGAAAAACUCCUAUAAAAUAAUGGUCAAUCUAGGAUUCAAAAAUGAAUCAAAAUAAAUUGUGAUAUAAAACUAGUUUGCCACGAAUUUAGCUUAAUUUAUUAAUGAUAAUACUAUAACAUGAGUAAUGACAUUGAAAAUUUUGAAGCACUGUAACAAACACCAGAUCAUAUGUUAAAAAUAUUAAAUCAUGUUGCCAGCUUUCAGCUACCAGUAGCAUUCUGACUGCAUUUUAAAUUAUGGAAAUUAUUAAAAAAUCAUUAGUAAUAAAAAGUAAAUAGUUUCCCAUUUAGAAUACCACUGAUACUCCCUCAGUGCCAGGAAACCAUGAGUAGUAUGGUUUCUUUUGCUUCUCUGAAGUGUACUUACAGUUCACGGACUCAUGAGUGAGUAGAUCCAUAAGUACAAAAAGAAGGUCAUUUGUGGGUGGAGAGGGAAAUUAGAGAAAACAAUUUCAGAUGAAAUAAAACUACAUUUUCAGAUAAAGGAAAGAAUGUUCACUGCAGUUUUCCUGAAAUAUUUCAGACCAUUCAAGUUUUAAUUGUACCAACGAAUCCCAAUAGAAAUGCAGUUAAGGAGUAUGGUUUUUAGAGAUAAUAUCAACUAGCUGGUUUACCAAUAAUACAGAUAAAGGAAAUGGUAGCAUUUAUCUUUUUCACUCAACUGGGAGUCUUUAAGGCACCUGUGUAAGUGUGUGAGUGUGUGUAUGAAUUGUAUCUUCUUUGUCCUACAAACCACAUUUAGAGCUCAAUAAGUUCUCACUGCCUCCCAAAUGUAAUUUGGCUUUCCUGGCAAAACAAACAAACAAACAAACAAACAAAAAACUCAAUGAAAAUAUCCCAAGAAGGUAUGCUUUUUAAAAGUCAAAAUAUGAAAAGGUCUUGAAUCACUGAUCUAGGAAUGUUGUUUUUAUUAUACCAGGAUAAAAAUAAUCCAUUGCAAGAAAGUGCCAAAACAGACCCAGAUGUAGAUCUUUUGCUUUCUAGUCCAUGUUUAAAUACAUAUGGUGGAGAGAAGAAGUUUCUGGAAGGCAGGGAAUAGUAGGAAACGUUUUUGUAUGGAGAAUCCAUUUUAAGCAAAUAAAUUAAAUGUGUCUCUAUUAACUUUCACAGUGGAGGAGGGAGGCACUCUUCUAUAGCCUGGAUUCAAACUUGUUUAGGUAUCUGAAUAAAUAUACCAAUAGAGUCAGAUGAUUUUAGUUUACCUUCAAAGACCUUAUAUAUUUCACACACCAAGUUUUUAAAAU